CGCGGGGGCUGCAGCAGAGCAGUGGCCCCAGUAGGGAGGUCAGAUCCUGCGUCUGUUGGAAAGUGUCCCCAAGCGAGCGCAGACCUGGACUUGGGAUGGGCAGUUCGGGCUGGAAGUGCCUCUGAGCGUCCCCCAGAAGGGCAGCCGCAUGUUGAGAGCCACAGCCUUCCCAGAGCCCUGUCGCCAGGAGCCAGCUUCGAACUCAGGAACCGAUGCCUCCUCCUAAAGACAAGGAGAAAAGGUGUAUUCCGGGACAGAAGCCUCAGAGGGAGAGACACUGGCACUUUGCGCUUCUCUCCACAGACCCAGAAAUGAAUGAAAAUCGUGUCUAAAUUGAAUUUGUUUUUCAAACUCAUUCUAUUCUACAGAAAUAAAACUCUCAUAUCUACACAGAAAAAACAACUGGAAAAAUAUAAACCAAAACAUCAAUAAUGACUAUCUCUAGAGGGUGGGACUACAACUUUAACUUUCUUCUUUUUAAGUUCUUAAAAAGAACAGUUCCACACUCUAUUCCAUCAUCAAAAAUACACAAUAAAGCUUCUUCCAAAUUAAAAAAUAAAAAUAAAAACAGAGUUCUCAGGGAGUCGGUACUUCCCAUCAUUAAAAAACUGCGCUUGUCAUGAGGGUCUGAGUGCUGAGUCUUAACCACCAGAGCACCAGGGCUGGCUAAAGAUGGUAUAGAAAUGCACAUUUACCGAGCAUUUGUGAGGCAGGCACGGUGCUUAUUUAGCAGGGAAAUUCAGAUUUUUUAUCCAUUCGCAGACAUGCUGGGAUAGGUAAGUUAUCCCACAGCAUGCCAGAAGUUUGCUUUGCAGGAGCGGGAUUCUUCAAGAACACGUAGGCACCCUGUGAAGUUCCAUAUUGCUCCUUUCCUGCAGUGUGCUCCUUCGCCUCCUCUCCUUUCAUCUUGAAAUGAUUUCCUUCCAUUUCACCAGUGUGUCUGUGGUUUCAGGGAUUGGUGACGUUCAGGGACGUGGCCGUUAGCUUCUCUCAGGAGGAAUGGGAGUGCCUCAGCCCUGUGCAGAGGGACUUGUACUGGGAUGUGAUGCUGGAGAACUACAGCAACGUGGUCUCACUGGCAGGAAGUUCCAUUUCUAAGCCAGAUGUGAUUAUCUUAUUGGAGCAAGAGAAAGGACCUUGGAUGGUUGUGAGAAAAGAAACAAGCGGAUGGUACCCAGAUAUGCAGUCAAAUUAUGGAGCUGAGAAAUUAUCUACAAAAAAUGAUAUUUAUGAAAUAAAUUUGCCCAAACAGGGUAUAAAGGAAAUAAGUAAAACUCUUGGCUUCAAGGCCUCCAGUUUUAGAAAUGAUUCAAAACAUAGAAGUAGAUUUGAGGGACUACAGGGACAUCAAAAGGGAUAUAUCAGUCAAAAGAUAAUCAACUAUGAAAAAAUGCCUAUUUAUAGUCAUCAUACUUCUUUUAUUCACAAUACAGAUAAACCAUAUGAAUGUGAGGAGUGUGGGAAGUACUUUAGUCGUGGUUCAAAUCUUAUUCAGCAUCAGAAUAUUCAUACUGGAAAGAAACCCUAUGAAUGUAAGGAAUGUGGGAAGGCCUUUAGACUUCAUAUAUAACUUACUCGACAUCAGAAAUUUCACACUGGUGAGAAACCCUUUAAAUGUAAGGAAUGUGGGAAAGGUUUUAGUUUUCCCACCCUACUUAAUCACCAUAAGAACAUUCACACAGGUGAGAAACCAUUUGAAUGUAAAGAAUGUGGGAAAUCCUUUAAUCGUAGCUCAAACCUUGUUCAACAUCAGAGUAUUCAUGCAGUUGCAAAACCAUAUGAAUGUAAGGAAUGUGGGAAAACCUUUAAUCGUGGUUCAAAUCUUGUUCAGCAUCAGAAGAUUCAUUCUAGUGAGAAACUCUUUGUAUGUAAAGAAUGUGGGAAAGGCUUUAAAUAUCCUUACCAACUUAUUGAACAUGGCUGAGUUCACACUGGCAAGAAACCCUUUGAAUGUAAAGAUUGUGGGAAGGCCUUUAGUCUUCUGAUACAUCUUGCUGGACAUCAGAACAUUCAUACUGGUAAGAAGCCAUUUGAAUGUAAGGAAUGUGGGAAGGCCUUCAAUCGUGGCUCGAAUCUUGUUCAACAUCAGAGUAUUCAUACUGGUGAGAAACCUUAUGAACGUAAGGAGUGUGGAAAGGCUUUUAGACUUCACCUACAGCUUUCUCGGCAUCAGAAAACUCAUACUACUGAGAAACCCUUUGAAUGUAAGGAAUGUGGAACAGCCUUCAGCCAUCAGUACGAACUUAUUGAGCAUCAGCGAAUUCAUACUGGUGUGAAGCCCUAUGAAUGUAAGGAAUGUGGGAAAUUCUUUCGUCGUGGUUCACAUCUUACUCAACAUCGGAGUAUUCAUACUGGAGAGAAACCCUAUGAAUGUAAGGAAUGUGGGAAGGCCUUUAGACUUCGUAUACAACUUACUCGACAUAAGAAAUUUCAUACUGGUGAGAAACCCUUUAAAUGUAAGGAAUGUGGGAAAGGUUUUAGUUUUCCCACCCUACUUAAUCGCCAUAAGAACAUUCACACAGGUGAGAAACCGUUUGAAUGUAAAGAAUGUGGGAAAUCCUUUAAUCGUAGCUCAAACCUUGUUCAACAUCAGAAUUCUGCAGGUGCAAAACCAUAUGAAUGUAAAGAAUGUGGGAAAACCUUUAAUCGUGGUUCAAAUCUUGUUCAGCAUCAGAAGAUUCAUUCUAGUGAGAAACCCUUUGUAUGUAAAGAAUGUAGGAAAGGCUUUAAAUAUCCUUACCAACUUAUUGAACAUGGCUGAGUUCACACUGGCAAGAAACCCUUUGAAUGUAAAGAUUGUGGGAAGGCCUUUAGUAUUCUGAUACAUCUUGCUUGGCAUCAGAAAACUCACACCGCUGAGAAACCCUUUGAAUGUAAGGAAUGUGGGAAGGCCUUCAGACAUCAGUACAAACUUACUGAGCAUCAGCGACUUCAUACAGAUGUGAAACCCUUUGAAUGUAAGGAAUGUGGGAAAUUCUUUCAUCGUGGUUCAAACUUUGUUCACCAUCAGAGUAUUCAUACUAGAAAGAAAUCCUUUGAAUGUAAGGAAUGUGGGAAAUUCUUUCGUCAUGGUUCAAACCUUGUUCAAUAUCAGAGUAUUCAUACUGAAAAACCCUUUGAAUGUAAGGAAUGUGGGAAGGCCUUUAGACUUCAUAUACAACUUACUCGACAUCAAAUAUUUCAUACUGGUGAGAAACCCUUUGAAUGUAAGGAAUGUGGACAAGCCUUUAGUCUUCCUACCCAGCUUAAUCGCCAUGAGAACCUUCAUACAGGUGAGAAGCCAUUUGAAUGUAAAGAAUGUAAGAAGUCCUUUAAUCGUAGCUCAAACUUUGUUCAACAUCAGAGUAUUCAUGCUGGUGUGAAACCAUAUGAAUGUAAGGAAUGUGGGAAAGCCUUUAAUCGUGGCUCAAACCUUAUUCAGCAUCAGAAAAUUCAUUCUAGUGAGAAACCCUUUGUAUAUAAGGAAUGUGGGAAAGGCUUUCAUCUUCUGACACAGCUUACUCAACAUCAAAAUAUUCAUACUGGUGAGAAGCCAUUUGAAUGUAAGGAAUGUGGGAAGGCCUUCAGUUGUGGCUCAGAUCUUGUUCAACAUCAGAGUAUUCAUACUGGUGAGAAUGAUGAAUGUAAGGAGGGUGCAAAGGCUUUUAGACUUCACCUACAACUUUCUCAACAUCAGAAAACUCAUACUGGUGAGAAACCCUUUGAAUGUAAGGAAUGUGGGACAGCCUUCAGACAUCAGUACCAACUUAUUGACCAGCAGCAAAUUCAUAGUGGUGUGAAGCCCUAUGAAUGUAAGGAAUGUGGAAGGGGCUUUAGUCGUGGUACAGACCUUAAAGUAUAUCAGAGAAUACACACUGGUGAGAAACUCUUUGAAUGUAAGGAAUGUGGGAAGGCCAUUCAACAUGAUUACCAAUUUCUUGGACAUUACAGAAUUCAUACUGGUGAGAACCCCAAUGAAUGUAAGGAAUGUGGGGCGUGCUUUACUCAUGGUAGAGACCUUACAGUACCUCAGAGAAUUCAUACGGAUGAGAAACCAUAUCAAUGUAAGGAAGGUGGGAAGGCCUUUAGUCAUAGCUCAAACCUUAUUGAACAUGUUAAAAUUCAUACUGAUGAGAAACCCUAUGAAUGUAAGGAAUGUGAGAAGGUCUUUAGCAAUAAUUAUGAACUUACUGUGCAUCAGAGAAUUCAUACUGGUUAGAAACCUUAGGAAUGUAAGGAAUGUGGGAAAACUUUUAGACUUAGUUCAGUCUUUCCUGUAUAUCAGAGAAUUUAUAUGGGUUUGAAACCCUGUGAACGUAAAGAACGUGGAGGAACCUUUAGUUGUAGCUCAAACUUUGUUCAACAUGAGAGAAUUCAUACUGGUGAGAAACCUUAUGAAUGUGAGGAAUGUGGGAAGACCUUUAGACUUAGUUCAGUUCUUUCUGCACAUCAGAAAAUUCAUACUGGUAUGAAACCCUAUGAAUGUAAGGAAUGUAGGAAGACUUUUACACUUAGUUCAGUUUUUAUUGCCCAUCAAAGAAUUCAAACAGGUCUGAAACCCUAUGAAUGUAAAGAAUGUGGGAAAGCCUUUACCGUGAAUGGUCAGCUUACUCGACAUCAGAAAAUUGAUAAUCAUCAGAAGUCCUAUGAAUAUAAGGAAUGUGGGCAAACCUUCACUGGGUAUGAACAAUUGACUCCACAUCAGAGAAUUCAUACUGGUGAGAAAUCUUAUGAAUAUAAAAGAAUGUGGAAGACCUUUCAUCAUGGUCUGAGAUUUGCUCAACAGCACAGUAUUGAUACUGGUGAGAAACUGUUUGAGUAUAAGUAAUGUGGAAAGAUUUGUAGUCACAGUAAACACCUUAGAGUUCAGAGAAGACUUCUGAUGAGAAAGUCUUUGAGUGUAAGGAAUAUAGGGUAGCCUUCAUGUUCACAAUUUGCUAACCAUAAAAGACAUUUUACUAGAUAUGUUAAUUCAUAAACUUACAAAAACCUUCACACCCAAACUAGAGAAAAACUGUUAUUGGAACAAAUGUAAGAAAACAUCUACCUGAGGCACAUUCUUUAUCAUCAUUGCCAUUUCGCUACCUGUGUGACAUCAGGCUAGAUGCUUAUCCUCUUUUUGCAUCAUUUGUAAAUGGCAGCAGUAGGGAGUACCUACCUAGUAGUGCAAUUAUGGGAAUAAAUGUAUUAUGGUACAUAUAAAAUCCUUGAAAGAGUAUUUGGCACAUGCCUGUGCUUGUAAAGAAUAGCUUUUACAUUGUUGUUUCAUUAGCAUUACUGUUAUUGAUGUGAGAGGAAAAUUGUAUUGUGAAUAAUUUAGAAAAGCCUCAUCCAUUCAUUUUUAAAUUUUAAAUAACUUAUUCUGGAUAAAAUCUAGUGGAAUGUAAAGAAUGAGAGGAUUUUCAUUAAGAGCUCAUUCCUUAAGUUACAUCAAAAAGUUAAUGCUGGAAAGAAACCCUAUGGAUUUAAUGAGUGUGGAGAUGUUGAAAAUAUAGCUGUUGAAGAAGCAGAGAGUUUUUGAAGUGAUUUGUCUAUAAAAAUUUCAAUAGGCAGAAAAUGUAUAAUUUAUGUUCUCUGUCCAGAAGUUAAGAUAAAUUAGAUAUUAACAAAAGAAUGGCAAAAUUAAAACUAUCCACCUAUAUAUUAUCCAACAGUUUAUCAUGAAAAUUGUUACACAUAUGGAAAAGUUGAAAGAACAGUUAAAUAAACACCCCCAUAUCCCUGCCUAGAUUCAAAGUUGUUAACUGUUUGACAUGUUUAUUUUUCUGUAUAUUUUUUGUUGUAUCAUUGGGAAUAUGUUUUAGAUAUCAUGAUACUUUAUCCCUUAUUACAUCAGUAUGUGUUUCCCAAAUAUAAAGACAAAUCUCAUAUGUAGCCAUAGUACCAUAAUUACCCUUAAGGAAAAUACCUUGUAUUCUGAUUUCUUCAUUGGCCUCUAAAAUUGUUUUUACAGCUGUUUAUUUUCUAAGGAGAAUGCAUUCUAGAUUCUGCAUUGUAUUUGGUUGUUAGCUCUCUUUAGUCUCUUUUAGUCUGGGACAGUGACUCAAAUUUUCUUGGGUAUCAGAAUCACCUGUGGAACUUGGUAAAAAUAAAGAUUUGGGCCCUGUCCUACUGCAGUGAGCCUGGGCCUUUCUAUUCUGUACUAGCUCUCCGGGUGAUUCUGAUAUGCACCACAGUUAGAGAGCCACUGGUCUAGAACAUUCUCUUUUUUAUGAUGUUGAGUUUUUGAGAAGUCCAGGAAAAUUGUCUGCCAGGUGUUUAGAUUUUUUGUUUCCUUAUAGUGUCAUUUAGCCUUGCUCUGUCCUUUGUAUUUUCUGUACAAAGGAAGUUAGGUCUAGAGGCUCCAUUACAUUCAGAUUAAAUGUUUUGGGGGGAAGAAUACUUUGUUUUGUUUGUAUGUCAUAUUGAUUGCAGCAUGUCAGAAAACAUUUAAGGACAGGUCGUUACAUUGUUAGUGAAACUAAAUUUGAUCAUUUGGGUAAGAUGAUGGCUUUCAGAUCUCCAUGGUAAAGAUGUGGUUUGCAGUUGGUAAGUAAUUUUUCUGGAGAGACUUUGUCACCUCUUUGGAAAUUUAUAAUGUGUAUUUAAAUCCUGGAUCAAACAAAAUAAAAAUUGAAACAGACAAUUCAGGAAUGAACGACAUUAAAAUGUCAACAUAAUUGAAUUUAUGGGAUGUGGCUGAAGCUAUGCUUUCUAUAAAGUUAGUACCCUAUAUAGUACCCUUACACAGGAAACCAAGAUUGUUUUGAUGAGAACCUUGUUUUGUUGUUGUUCAGCACUCUAUACCCAGCACCUGUACUAUGCCGGGCAUGUGAGAGAUUGAUAAACUUUUGAAAAAAAAACCUUAAACCUCAAGUCAAGAAGCUAUCAAACAAACAGAAUAAACCAUAAGCCAGUAAAGGAAGCAACACAGUAAAAAUGAGGAUUAAUAGUUGGGAAAUAAAUAGACUUCAUCUGUUUUUAAUUUUUUUCUAGCUUUAUUGAGAUAUACUUGACAUAUAACAUUGUAUAAGUUUAAGGUGUGCAAAAUAAUGAUUUGAUAUAUGUAUGUAUUGCAAAAUGAUUAACCACAGUAAGUUUAGUUGACACAUCCAUCACCUCACAUAGUUACUUUUUUGUGUGUGUGAUGAGAACU